GAUAAUAGUGUUACAGUGGAUGAACGAAACCUGUGUACCAUCCAAAUAUAAAAUGAAGACAAUGGCGUUCUUUUCUCUCGUAUUCAUUGCUUUCUUGGUACAACUGUAUGGAGCUGACGCAUGUCUUUGUGAAUUCACUGACCUUCAAAAUAAAUACUGCAAAUCUGAUUUUGCUGUUCGUGGCAAAGUUACAAAACUGACUUACGGAGAAGGAAUAAUAGGGAUAGAUGCAGAAAUAACCUAUGAAGUGGAAAUCUCGAAAGUUUAUAAAGGCGCAAAAAAGGGAGAAACAGUGCAAAUUCGGACGGCAGGAUCUGGUUCUUUGUGUGGCGUAGGACUAACAUUAGAUAAAGAAUAUCUUAUAAACGGUUAUUUUUACGAAGGACAUAUGUGGAUUAACCUGUGUGAUAUGAUGUUCUUUUCCCCUGUCGAUGGCAAAAAUGCAGAUUUCCCGAGAUUAUCUGACGAGGAUUGUAAAUGCAAGAUUGAAAAUAUACUGGUAAACGUAGGCGGACAGAAACCCAAGAUGGUGUGCGCUAUAGGAAAUAGGGUCCUUUGUUCGUCAGAUUCUGGCUCUCCGGGUAACCUGGCGGAAUGUAAAUAUAGCAGCAAUAAGGAUGAUUGUGACUGGGACUGCUAGGAAUUAAGUACAAAUCAUUAAAAUCUAU